AGAACAUGUAAAGCGGACGAUUCUGUCAUAUUAGAAACUUCUUGGUCACACUUCCUAGAGCCCAGCGUAAAUAAGCUGAUUAGUCGGGGGAGAUGGCCGGAGAAACAGAAGAUGAAAUCCCUGAAUCCGGAGCCGUCUUCACUUUUGGAAAGAGUAAAUUCGCAGAUAAUGUCCCCAGUAAAUUCUGGUUAAAAAAUGAUGUACCUUUGAGAAUUGCCUGUGGAGAUGAGCACACAGCACUGGUGACAGAAAAUGGGAAGCUGUUUAUGUUUGGCAGCAAUAACUGGGGACAGCUGGGCCUCGGAACAAAAACCACUGUGAAUAAACCCACUUGUGUGAAAGCCCUAAAAUCAGAGCGAGUGAAGCUUGCAGCCUGUGGAAGAACUCACACACUUGUUUAUACAUCCCGUGGUAACCUUUAUGCCUCUGGAGGGAAUAAUGAAGGACAGCUCGGUCUCGGUGACUGUGAUGACAGAACUUCCUUCCACCUGGUGGACUUCUUCAGCAAACAUGGACCAGUCAAAAUGCUUGCUGCUGGUUCCAAUACAUCUGCUGCCCUGACGCAGGAUGGCAGGCUCUAUAUGUGGGGCGACAACUCAGAGGGCCAGAUUGGAUUGGGGAGGGAGAGUAAUGCACUGACUCCUCGGGAGGUUUCUGUGGGGAAACGAGUGUCCUGGGUGUCCUGUGGAUAUUAUCAUUCUGCCUUUGUUACUGUGGAUGGGGCCUUGUUCACAUUUGGAGAAAAGGACAGUGGGAAGUUGGGCUUGUCCACAGAGAAGCUGGCCAAUCAUAAAGUGCCUCAACAGGUGGCUGGCAUCUCUGAUAAAGUAGUACAGGUAUCUUGUGGAGGAGGGCACACAGUGGCGCUUACAGAGCACGAGGUGUAUUCGUUUGGCCUGGGUCAGUUUGGACAGCUCGGUCACGGCACAUUCAUUUUUGAGUCGCGAUUACCCAGAGUGGUUGAACAUUUCAGGAGGGGCAGAGUUAAACGUGUGGAGUGUGGAGAGAACCAUACAGCGCUGAUUACUGACAGUGGCCUCUUGUACACCUUUGGUGAUGGUCGACAUGGAAAGCUGGGGCUUGGAGAAGAGAACUUCACCAACCAGUUCAAACCAACCCUGUGUCCAAGAUUCCUAGACUGUUAUGUACAUUCUGUUACUUGUGGUGGGUGUCACAUGCUUGUGUUGGCAAAGCCCAGGCCUGAAGGGUCAGAGGAAUUGAUCCUGGAGGAGGAUGACGUUACAGAAGACUACUUUGUGAAAUCCUAUACUGAAUUACUGGGGGACACGCAAAGCCAGACCACCCUACACAGGAGUCUCUCGGCUCGGGUCAGACGCAGAGAACGGGAGCGUUCACCAGAUCAGUUUGGACAGAUGUUUCGAACACUUCCAGCCCUGAGUGGAAAUCAGCUGAGUGCAUCUUUAUCUGUUCCCAGCCAGAUCCAUCAAUCCCAUAGUAAACAACCAGGAAAGAUCCCUCACAGCAGUCUCAAAAUUCCCGGAAAGAGAGAAAAGUCUCUCGACAGAAGCAGUGUGGAGGAUAGUGAGAGUGUAAAAGACCUUGGAGAAACCACUGACUUAUUAAACCUGACUCAUGUAAUGAAGAUGGACCCUAGCCAUAAGACUCUAACAUUGUCUCCUAUGGAGAAGAAGAAUGUUAAGCUUGUGAAAGAGCACGGUAAGGAGAAGGGGAAGCCAAGAGGCGACCCCGCCCUUUAUAGAAAGAGGGCAGAGCUUUUAGCUCGCAAAGCUCUUCCGACUGAGUUACUUAAAAGUUCAAGUGGUAGCUCAGUAGUCGGAGACGGUCUUGGGUCAGGGACUCCCCACAAGAGCCCUAAGAGACAUGGUCAGGAUAAGGAAAAUGUACUUAUAGCUUUGGAGGACAGAAGGCCUGCACAUCACCAAGCUGCAGGAAGUAACACAAGAAUGGGGACGGACAUAAGCAGAGCUGGAUCCAAAUCUUUCCAGCCCAAACACAAACAGCUGAUGAAGUCAAGGGAUAGAGUUACAGGAAAAGACGCUGGAAAUAAAGGACAGAUACUUGAGGAACAUUCAAAGGUAGAGGCUGAAAGUGAGAAGGUUGCUCACAAGUCAAAAGAAAGUACAAAAACAAACCAAGAAGGUAAAACAAAAACCAAAGGUCGUCCAUUGGAAGUCAGUAGUCGGUCUCAAAAGGUUAUGGGGGAAAAAAAAGAAGUAAAAACGAAACCCAUAAUAGUUGUUGAACAAUAUCUUGAACAGACCACGCAUAAAGAGCAAGACCCAACAGGUAAGAAGAUCUCAAAAGAGAUUUUACCAAAAGCUCAGAAGAUGAAAGGUGAAAUGAACACUGCUAAGACAGAAACCAAAGGUUUUGUCCCACAGAGCAAAAAGUUAGAUUCAAAAAGUAAAAGGACAGUGCAAGAGCUCUCCACUACUUCACAACAGUCCUCUUGCCAAGAAGAAAUUUCUACAAAGAAGACUAAAAAAUCAAAAGCGGAACAAAGCCAAUUGCUAGUAGAGGACAAAAAAAAGGGGUCUACCACUAUCUCAGAAGCUGCCUUCAAAUCUGAAUCAGAGUCAGAGCAAAUUAAGGAAAAUCCUCUCACCAAGGUGACAUCUUUUCUCCAAGAUGUGGGAAUGGGAAGUCCUGCUCGUUUACUUGGAGAUACAGCAGUCAGUCAGUUCCUUUCCCAGUCUACCCUCCAAAAAAUGCCAAAACCUCUUUCAAAACAGAGAACUCUGUCUGACGUUUCAUCCCUGAGUGAGUCUUUUGAGGUUUCAGGACCAGAGGAGACAAGAGAGGCCAAGAAGACGGCCAUCACCAUCAACGUUAAGGCAGAACCAGAAACUUCAGACGGGGACUUCGAAAGAACCAGCACUGAGUCCAAAACCGAGGCUCAUUCUGAGGUGGGCACAUAUAGAAAAAGUGAGGAGGAAGGAGGAGAGGAAUCGGAAGAGGAGGAAAGCGAGGGAUCGGUGAACAGAAAGGAAGAGAGUGAGGAAGUGAAUGACAGAGAAGAAGAAAGUGAGGGAUUGGUGAACAGAAAGGAGGAGAGUGAGGAAGUGGAUGACCAAGAAGAGGAAAGUGAGAGCAAGACCCUAGCAAGUGUUGAUGAUUCUGAGGUUGAUGAUGAUACCACGAUCAAAGCUUCUAGUGAGGAAGAGGAAAGUGAGGAAGAGGAGAAAAGUAAAAGUGAGGCAACAGAGGAUGUUGAGAGUGAAGCUGAGGAAGAGGAGAGUCAUGGAAUAGAAGAUGAGGAAGAGGAAACAAGUGAGAUAAGUAGAAACCGUGAAGAAGAAAGUGGAGAAGAUGAGGGUGAAAGCAAAACAAGUGAAGAGGAAGAAGAGGAGGAGAGUGGAGAAGAAUCAGAGGGAAAGACAGAGAGCAGAAGUGACAGAUCAGAGGAAGAGUCAGAUGAAGAAGAGGAUGAGGAGUCCGAGGAGAAAGAUAGUGAGAAUGAGGAAGAAAGUGAAAUGGAAGGUGACAGUGAGGCAGAGGAGGAUGAAAACGGUGAAAAGACUAGCAAAGAAGAGGAGGAAGAUUCAGAAAAGCAGGAGAAUGAGACUGAAGAUGAUGAAGAUGAAGGGGAGAGUGAAAACGAAGCAGAAGAGGAGGAAAGUGAGGAAGAUAAAGAGGAGAAUGAGGAAAGUGAGGAGAAUGAGGAAGAUAAAGAGGAGAAUGAGGAAAGUGAGGAGAAUGAGGAAGAUAAAGAGGAGAAUGAGGAAAGUGAGGAGAAUGAGGAAAGUGAGGAGAAUGAGGAAGAUGAAGAGGAGAAUAAGGAAGAUGAAGAGGAGAAUGAGGAAGAUGAAGAGGAGAAUCAGGAAAGUGAGGAGAAUGAGGAAGAUGAAGAGGAGAAUGAGGAAAGUGAGGAAGAUAAAGAGGAGAAUAAGGCAGGUCAAGAGGAUGAGGGUGAAAGUGACAAAGAUGAAGCAAGGAGUGAGAAUGAUGAAGAAGAGGAAGAAGAAGAGAGUGAAAAUGAAGAGGAAGAAGAGCAGGAGAGUAAAGAGGAAGAAGAAGAAAGUAAUGAUGAGGAGGAAGAAGAGGAAGCGGCAGAGGAAGAGGAAGCAGAGGAGGAAGAGUCUGAAGAAAGAGAGGAGACAGAAGAAGCAGAGGAUGAGGAGGGAGAAGAGGAGAACAAACAAGAAGAAGGGCAAGAGAAAAGUGAUGAAGAGGAAGAGGAAAAAGAGAAGGCCAAGAGAAAACGUGACAAAGCGGCUGAAUCCACCAAACCAAAGUCAAGUGUGAAAACAUCAAAACAGCAGUCAAAAACCAAACGGGGCCGAGCGCAAAACGAUCAGUCAGAUGAUGAGUCCCAUGAGUCUAAGCAGUUUUGGGAUGAUGUUCUACCUCAAUACCUCAAUCUAAAAUAAUUCAGCAACCUCAACCCCUAUCUUCAUAUCUCUGACUUAAUGAGAUUGUUUCAUAUUUGCCUUUUGUGUUCUUUCUUGCUUUGUGCUUUUGUCAAUUAUUAUUCUUGCAAUUUCCUUCAUGGCAAUCUUACUAAAUGUAUUGCUUCACAUUUUUCAUUUAAUUUUAUUUAUUUUACAAACUGUUUUUAUAAGUAAUUAUUUGCCCAGGCAGUAGUGAAGACCUCAUGAUGUGCCUUAGGAUUUAUCUAAUGGACAGCCAUGUUCUUUUACUAACAAAUGUGCUUGAUUUGUCAGUAACCUUGAAACACCCCUAUCAAUGACUUGAAAUUCUUAAAAAUACAAAAUUAUGUACCAAUCUUCUGCCUUUGUCAGAUACCUAACCAUAUUAAAAUGGCAGCUCAUAAUCUUUAUGACUGGAAGAAAAUAAUUGGAAAAAUUGAGCUCAAGGUUUAGUCAUUAGGUAGGUAGCAUUUCGUUAAAAUUUUGCACUUGUGCUUGUUCUGUGAACUUUUUUGUUACUUAUAAUAACCAAUAAAACUUUUCAUUUACUUCAACUAUUUGCAUCCGUUUUUUAAAAUUAAUACCUAUGUGUAUAUAUUUACAUUUUUAUAUUUUAUUUCUUUUAUUUAAAAAGCACAGAUUAUCCAGGGACUUUAUAAAGACAAAAUUCUGUAUGGAUUAAAUGAAGAAAAAUACAUAUUACAUGCAGUACCUGAGAAUUUCAGAAUAUAACAUAUUUCCAAAGCAAAUUUUCAUUUGAAUUGUAAAUAUGCAAAUAUAGAAAGCCAUUUGAGAUAUCACCAACUUGCAAAGCCGUUGCAAUCAGGCAGAGUACUGAAAAUCCUUCAUCGGACAGGUGAGGCUGCCCUCUUUAUAUUCUAUCUCUGUAGAGGUGCUCCUCCUAAAUAGAUCCCUAGUUCAUGUGCCUAUUCACAGUACUUGUGUGUGUUUAUACAUGUAGUUUGUUAGCUAGUUUUAAUUUUACAAAAACCAAUCAACUCACAUGAACCCUCUCCUGCCAUUCUAGUGCCUUUAACCCUCUUCUCGCGUUUCACAGUCAUCUGUUUAGUCACUGAUUGUGUCGUUUUUCAUUUUUUGCAUGGCCACCAUCCA